CCAAACCAUCCUUAAGGCACACUGAGUAUCACAGCAUCAAAGGCUGGAGAGAGAUGAGUUCCCCACCCUUGAUGCGCUUCCUGUCCGGGUGACCCGAGGCCCACUUCUUAAGCGGUAAGGCCCAGAGACACUGCUGUGGCUUGAGGAACAUCCAGUACACCUGGCAUUUCCAUUAGAACAGUGGGACCCGGAUACCACUGGCAGGAAGUCCAUCUUCACAGCUGCCAACCCAUCUGUCAAACCCGCAGUCCCCUAUGAGAGUACAGAUGAAUGGAGGAGGAAGAUUUAAAAGUGAAUUCGUGGGCGGCGACAAGGAAACAGCAGCCGUGGCCGAGCGGACCCCAGAGCCCUUCCCUUCUCGGCCCUCCCUCUGAAUCAUCGCGCUCCACUUGUGACGUCGCGGACGCCCGGCUCGGGCAGGCGUGGGGGGCCCACGCGUCCCGGGAGCCCCGAGGCGGCAGCGCGCGUUUCCACGCUGCGGUGCCGCGGGAAAGCCGGAGGCGGAGGCCUGGCUCAGGCAGAGCUCGGAUCCGGUGCCGAGCCGAGCGGGACAGCGCGUCGCCCGGGCUUCGCCUUCGCUCGCGUUACCUCCGCCGUCCUCUCCAGCCCUCGUCCUCUGGCCGCGCGUGCGGCCGCAAGCCCAGCACCCCUAGCCUAACCUCGCGCCCGGGCCGCGCCUCCUCCUCCCACUCCUCCUGCUCUCCUCCCCCGCCGCUUCCGUUUCUCGAGGGAAAGGCUGCUGCCUCCUGCUCUGUCCGCAUCCCCUGCUUAGGUAAUACGUUUUCCUCCUUACGCCACCCGCCACCGGGUCCCCGCGCCGCUGCCCCUCCUUCUCGGAUCUGGGCCCCGGGCUGGUGAGCGGCGCGCGCCGUCGCCUCUCCGCGGGUAGCUGACGGCCCAGAGGGUGGGUGCCAAUUCCACCAGCAGCUGCAACUGAAAAGCAAGGUUCAGAAAUGUCAGAUAUCCUCCGGGAACUGCUCUGUGUCUCUGAGAAGGCUGCUAACAUUGCCCGGGCAUGCAGGCAGCAGGAGGCCCUCUUCCAGCUGUUGAUUGAAGAAAAGAAAGAGGAAGAAAAGAACAAGAAGUUUGCAGUUGACUUCAAGACACUGGCUGAUGUACUGGUACAGGAAGUUAUAAAACAGAAUAUGGAGAACAAGUUUCCAGGCUUGGAAAAACAUAUUUUUGGAGAAGAAUCCAAUGAGUUUACUAAUGAUUUGGGGGAAAAGAUUACCUUGAGGUUGUGUUCAACAGAGGAAGAAACAGCAGAGCUUCUUAGCAAAGUCCUCAAUGGUAACAAGGUGGCAUCUGAAGCAUUAGCCAGGGUUGUUCAUCAGGAUGUUGCCUUUACUGACCCAACUCUGGAUUCCACGGAGAUCAAUGUUCCACAGGACAUUUUGGGAAUUUGGGUGGAUCCCAUAGAUUCAACUUAUCAGUAUAUAAAAGGUUCUGCUGACAUUAAAUCCAACCAGGGAAUCUUCCCCUGUGGACUUCAGUGUGUCACCAUUUUAAUUGGUGUCUAUGACAUACAGACAGGGGUUCCCCUGAUGGGAGUCAUCAAUCAACCUUUUGUGUCACGAGACCCAAACACCCUCAGGUGGAAAGGACAGUGCUAUUGGGGCCUUUCUUACAUGGGGACGAACAUGCAUUCACUUCAGCUCACCAUCUCUAGAAGGAGUGGCAGUGAAAUACACGCUGGAAACACAGGCUCCGAGGCAGCAUUCUCCCCCAGUUUUUCAGCCGUCAUUAGUACAAGUGAAAAGGAGACUAUCAAAGCUGCAUUGUCACGUGUAUGUGGAGAUCGCAUAUUCGGGGCAGCUGGGGCUGGUUAUAAGAGCCUUUGUGUUGUCCAAGGCCUCGUUGACAUUUACAUCUUUUCAGAAGAUACCACGUUCAAGUGGGACUCUUGUGCUGCUCAUGCCAUACUGCGGGCCAUGGGUGGGGGAAUAGUAGACUUGAAAGAAUGCUUAGAAAGAAAUCCAGAAACAGGGCUUGAUUUGCCACAGUUGGUGUACCACGUGGAAAAUGAGGGUGCUGCUGGGGUGGAUCGGUGGGCCAACAAGGGAGGACUCAUUGCAUACAGAUCCAGGAAGCGGCUGGAGACAUUCCUGAGCCUCCUGGUCCAAAACCUGGCAUCUGCAGAGACGCAGACAUAGAGGAACUCUAACCCCGGUGUACAUACAUAAACUGAACUGUGAAACUGUUUCCGAUUAUCUCUGUCUUCUGAGGAUGGCUUUGUCCUGUUGCUGGUUAACAUUCACUUUCCUCUUUUGAGGAGCAUUUUUCCAUUAUGUAUUCAUAAUAAUGUUAAUUUCAAUAAAUGACAUUCAUGCAGUAAUUAUAUUGGUGUAUGAAAUUCUUACAGUGAAUAUUGUGCUGUUAGUGCUUGAAACACUUCAGUAAAAUAUUGGCCAGG